AUGCAGAUACCUUGCGACUAUGAUCAGCUGGCCUUUGCUGAUUGGAAGAGGAGGCCCAUGGAAACAACUGCAUGGGUUCCUGGCAUCCCUUUGGAGAUGACAAUUGCUGCUCCUGCUAGCCACGGUGACAUGGUCCUUAGCUCAAGGGGACAGCAGCAGCUGAAGCUGGUUGAGAGUACUGAUCAUCAUCAGUAUGACUGGAGUAGCCCGAUCGAAGUGUUUGAGCAAGCAGUACAAGCAUUUGAGGAUGAAGUUGGCGAGAUGGAAACGAAGAUCCACCUCUUCCCUGCAAGCAUGAAAGAUCUCUCCGCCCAGUACGCCGCCCCAAAGGUCGUGUCCAUCGGCCCUUACCACCACGGCAAGAGCCCGGACUUCCGGCAGAUGGAGAGCGCCAAGUAUGCGGCCGCCUGCCACUUCAUCAAGGAUUCGGGGCACUCCGUCGAGGAGGUGUAUGGGGCGGUCUUCGCAGUAGCGGACGAAGCCCGCAGCCACUACGACAAGGACAAGGUGCGACGUUUCGGCGAUGACGAUUUCAAGCCUAUGAUGUUCUAUGAUGGCUGCUUCUUGCUGCAGUAUAUGAUGUCUUGGUGCGGACACAGCGGCGAUGAUGAUGACGGCACGGCAGUGGAUGUGGAUCCGUUGCUGAAUAGUGUUUUCAGCUCCAAUGACCGCCGAAUCUUCAGCGACAUUGUACUACUUGAGAACCAGCUCCCUUGGGUGGUGGUUGAAAAGCUCAUGGGCUUCAUGCCCAAUCCCCUGGACAUGGAAACGUUCCUUGGACGGGUGAAACCGUCUCUGCGAUCCCGCCAAGAUCUUCUUUUUGAUCCUCCUAAACUGGACAGCAGCUACAAACCUCCACAUCUCCUUGGCCUCCUACGACACUACAUUGUAGGGAGCAAUCACAUUAGUGCUACUCAGGUGUCAGAGGCUGAGACCGAAAUAUCCCACAAGGCCAAGAAAGUGUCACUUUCUGUCAGUGUCAUCGAACUCGCGGAGAUCGGCAUCGAGCUCACAGCAACCAAAACUAAAGCAGAACUACAGGACAUGGGCAUCAAGAGAGGGAUCUUCUCUGGAGAGCUCUUCCUAGCGCCUCUGUCACUGGACGAUGCAAACGCAGGAUUCCUUGUCAACAUGGCAGCUUUAGAGCUAUGCAUGACCCCAGAUUUCUCCGAAGCCGAUGAUACAUUGUCGACAGUCUGCUCGUACCUCUGCCUCCUGGGCAUGGUCACGGACAGUGAGGAGGAUGUGCAGCAGCUGCGAAAGAAGCAUAUCCUGCAAGGAGGAGCAGGGCUCACCAACAAGAACGCGCUUGACUUGUUCAUCAGCCUCGAGAAGCACCUGCGCCCCGGGAACUCCUAUUUCAACACCAUUGUAGGCAUUGAAAACUACAAGGUCGAAAGGCGGUGGUGGAUCAUAGUGUACAAGUUUGUUUACAAGAACCUCAAAACCAUCAUCACCGUGGUGUCCGCCAUGGCUGGAUUUGCUGGCUUCCUUGGUGCGAUCAAGUCUCUCAAGGGAUCAAGAUAA